CAGCUGGUUUCAGUCCCGAAUCAGGUCUUCUGACUCCUCCCAGAAGCCAACCAACUUCUGAACAGGAAAUCCUGGCCCUCCCCAAAGAGUGGGAAACUGCAGAGGAAGAGAGAGAUGAAACAGACAGAAAGGGAGAGGAGGAGGGAGAGAGAAAAGAAGCAAGCAGAAAAAGGAGAUAAAUAGAAGUAAAACUUGAUUGGAACCACAAGGAAAUGUCUCCGUCCUAACAGCAGUUUCCCAGGGAUUACAUUCUGUCUACCAGUCGUAUGUUGAUGCCUGGAGCCGUUAAAUCAAGUCUCGAAGCUAUCGUUAAAGCUGCCAGGGACGAAUGGGAUCCCACCCAAAGCCAAUCGCUGCUCUGACAGAGAAAUUGGCUAGCACUGCCUGAGACUACUCCAGCCUCCUUCAUCCCUGAUGUCACAUUUCAGAGGUUGCUGCCUGCCUAGGAGGUUGUGGAAAGCUCUGUAGGUUCUCUCUGUGUGUCCUACAGGGCUUCAGAGGCCAGAUCCCUGACUAAUGGCUUAUUUGAAAAAAUAUCUCCUCCCCAUUCUCGGGCUUUUCAUGGCCUACUACUUCUACUCUGCAAAUGAGGAAUUCAGACCAGAGAUGCUCCAAGGAAAGAAAGUGAUUGUCACAGGGGCCAGCAAGGGGAUCGGAGAGGCGAUGGCCUAUCAUCUGGCGAAGAUGGGAGCCCAUGUGGUGGUGACCGCGAGGUCAAAGGAAAAUUUGAAGAAGGUGGUAUCCCACUGCCUGGAGCUUGGAGCAGCCUCAGCACACUACAUUGCUGGCGCCAUGGAGGACAUGACCUUCACGGAACAAUUUGUUGUCAAAGCAGGGCAGCUCAUGGGAGGACUAGACAUGCUCAUUCUCAACCACGUCACCAACAGUUCUAUGAAUUUAUUUAAUAAUGAGAUCCACCACGUUCGCAAAAGCAUGGAGGUCAACUUCCUCAGUUACGUGGUCCUGAGCGUAGCCGCCUUGCCCAUGCUGAAGCAGAGCAAUGGAAGCAUUGUCGUGGUCUCCUCGAUAGCUGGGAAAAUAGCUAGCCCACUGAUUGCUCCCUAUGCUGCAAGCAAGUUUGCUCUGGAUGGAUUCUUUUCCUCCAUCAGGAAGGAAUAUUCAGUGACUAAGGUCAAUGUGUCAAUCACUCUCUGUGUCCUCGGCCUCAUAAAUACAGAAACAGCCAUGAAUGCAGUUUCUGGGGUCUUUGAGAGAGAAGCAGCUCCAAAGGAGGAAUGUGCCCUGGAGAUCAUCAAAGGGGGAGCCCUGCGCCAAGAGGAAAUUUAUUAUGGUAGCUCACUCUGGACCACUCUCCUGCUGGGAAAUCCAGGAAGAAAGCUUCUGGAACUUCUCUUCUUAAGGAAUUAUAAUAUAGACAAAUUUAUAAACAACUAGGAACUCCGUUAGGGCUAUGUACAGCCUGGGACUGUUCUGCCUGAUAUUUAUCUGACCUUCAUCCGUGAAGGAAUCUCCCAAGAGUGAUAAAUUGGAUGUACCCAGAGAGUUGCAAGUCACAGGUCACAUCUCACAAUUUCAAGGAGUUCCUCUAACAGUUAAACAGUGUAAAUAUAAUUAUAAUAAAUGAUAAAAACCACUGCA